AGUAAAACAAUACGAGGCGACUGGCGAGGCGUUUGCAGGCUGUUUGGAACACUGGGAUUUGACAUUUUCUGGAAUAAAGAGACCAGUUUAGAACUAAAAUCUCUUGUACAAGACACCAACGUUUGUUUUUAAACCUUUUGUUUUAGACGACAACACUUAGGGUAAUAUUUAAAGAAUUCAAAAGGUUAUUUGUUUAUUGUUUAAUAUAUCAAACAAAGUAAAAGGAAGAUUUAUUGAAUUCAAUUGCAUUAAUCUCAUUCCAAACAGGGAACGUGAAUUCCAAAUCAAAAGAUUUCAGUUUUACUGUCAAAAAUGAUUUCAAUUUCAUCGUGGAAUUGGUUCCAAACGUGGCGUUAGAUUUUCCCUUUCUCUUUAUACCUAGAUAAAUUAAAUUGGUCUUUUGUAUAGUAAAAACCAUAGAUUAGGCCACGAACAAGAACCAGGAAAAAGAAAAACAAGAAAAUUAUCGAUCUGAUUGUUGAGAAAAUGGACGGGUUGAUGAGCAAGCUAAGGAAUUUUGAUGCAUAUCCAAAAAUCAACGAGGAUUUCUACAGCCGUACACUUUCCGGUGGCGUCAUCACCCUCGCUUCCUCUAUUGUUAUGUUUCUCCUCUUCUUCUCCGAGCUCCGAUUAUAUCUUCAUGCGGUAACCGAAACGAAACUAGUAGUGGAUACUUCAAGAGGAGAAACUCUACGUAUCAAUUUUGAUGUCACUUUCCCUGCUCUUCCGUGUUCUAUACUUAGCCUCGAUGCAAUGGAUAUUAGUGGAGAGCAACAUCUUGAUUUAAAACAUGAUAUAAUCAAGAAAAGACUAGAUUCUCACGGGAAUGUAAUAGAAUCACGGCAAGAUGGAAUCGGUGCCCCUAAGAUUGAAAAACCCUUGCAGAGGCAUGGUGGCAGGCUUGAGCACAAUGAGACAUACUGUGGUUUGUGUUAUGGUGCAGAAACAUCAGAUGAAGAUUGUUGUAAUUCUUGUGAGGAAGUUCGCGAAGCAUAUCAAAAGAAAGGUUGGGCAGUGACAAAUCCGGAUUUAAUGGACCAGUGCAAAAGAGAGGGAUUUCUCCAAAGGAUUAAAGAUGAAGAAGGUGAGGGAUGCAACAUUUAUGGGUUCUUGGAAGUUAAUAAGGUGGCUGGAAAUUCUCAUUUUGCACCUGGGAAGAGUUUUCAGCAAUCUGGUGUUCAUGUACAUGAUCUGCUGGCAUUUCAGAAGGAUAGUUUUAAUACAAGUCACAAAAUUAAUAGGCUGGCUUUUGGAGAAUAUUUUCCUGGUGUUGUUAAUCCUCUUGAUGGUGUGCAAUGGACACAAGAAACACCAAGCGGGAUGUACAGGCACUUUAUUUUUCAGGUAGUACCUACUGUAUACACAGAUGUGAGUGGACACACUAUCCAGUCAAAUCAGUUUUCUGUAACUGAACAUUUUAGGGGGGCAGACAUAGGUCGCCUUCAGUCCCUUCCAGGAGUUUUCUUCUUUUAUGACCUCUCUCCUAUUAAGGUGACUUUCACAGAGGAACACGUUUCUUUCUUACACUUCCUCACAAAUGUGUGCGCCAUAGUUGGAGGUGUUUUCACUGUUUCUGGCAUACUGGAUUCAUUUAUAUAUCAUGGUCAAAAGGCAAUCAAGAAGAAGAUGGAAAUCGGUAAAUUUAGUUGAUGACAUACUGACAGGCUUGGGUCGUUGCUGUAUUGCCAGUAAUUGGCUUCUCAAAUGGAAUUGGGUUCGGACGCCUAUUUUGAACUGGCCAGUUAGAAUCAAAACUAAUGUUUGUGUCAUAAUUUAUAAUGUCUUUUAAGGAAUUAGAUUUAUUUCAUAGUUCAUUGGUAUUCAAAA